AUGUCUUCUCCCUCAUCUACCGGCUCCGCAAAGCGGAAACGCACUUCUGCCUCUGAGCGACUGAGGUCUUCCGCAGUGGAGCUGCAGCAACCUUCCUCCAGAGAUGCUUCUGGCGAAGAGCUUGCCGAUUCUCCUUCGGUCAACACUCGAACUCGCAAGCAUGCACCCUCCCUCUCAAAUGACCUCAACGUGCCUCCUAGCAAGCGCGCACGCACACGGUCGGGUGCCAAACCUGUCGACACCAACGGAGCUGCUAUUCCAGACGUGAAUGUCGAGGGUUCUGGAGAGUCCUCCAGUGCAACCGAGGACAGCGAUGAGCUCGAGGAGUCGAGUGGAAAAAGCCAGAAGCAAGCCGAUGAUGGUGGAGACCUCCUCAUAAGUGUCCCGAAGGCUGGCUUGAGAGAUCCAAUAGGUGGCUACAAGACAAACCCUCCUCCUGAAGGAAGGCCAGUUCGAGUGUACGCCGAUGGAGUAUUUGACUUAUUCCAUCUCGGACACAUGCGCCAACUUCAGCAAGCCAAGACUGCCUUUCCUGACACCUAUCUGAUUGUCGGUGUGACCGGGGAUUCAGAGACACAUAAGAGAAAGGGUCUGACCGUACUGACUGGCCGCGAAAGGGCCGAGACCGUCGGUCAUUGUAAAUGGGUCGACGAAGUUAUCCCCAACUGUCCUUGGAUCGUGACACCAGAGUUUCUGCACGAGCAUCAAAUUGACUAUGUCGCACACGAUGACGAGCCAUAUGGUGCCGACGAAGGUGAUGACAUCUAUGCACCCAUCAAGAAGGAAGGUAAAUUCCUCGUGACGCAGCGGACCGAGGGUGUGUCUACAACCGGCAUCAUUACAAAAAUUGUCCGAGAUUACGAAAAGUACAUUGCUCGACAGUUGAAGAGAGGAACUAGUCGUCAAGAGCUGAAUGUCAGCUGGCUCAAGAAGAACGAACUUGAUAUAAAACGCCAUGUCUCGGAGCUCAGAGACAGCAUCAAGACCAACUGGAGCACCGCUGGAGGCGAAAUUGGCCGGGAUUUACGGCAAUUCUGGCAGAGUUCUCGACCAAACAGUCCAUCCCCGUUUAACAGACAACUUGGUGAUGGCCUGAGAAGUCCCAGCGCUGUCAGUGCCCUCGACCAUCUGAAACACUUGGAGGUUCCUGGUAGUGCCGAGAAACGAAGCGACUCACCUGGUAGAAUCAGUCGAAGUGAGGAUUUCGCCGCUGGUUAUAGUCUUGGUCUGAUUGGUGGCGUCAAAUCUUGGAUGAUGCGACGUCGACGAUCACUACAUGAUAGUCAAGCCCCAAGUCCCGAGGGUAGUGAGACCGACGAGGCUAGAAGUCCACUUAGCCCCGACGGAGACUCUUACUUCAGUGGUCUCAAGACACCGCCGGUCCGUGGCCGCAAGGGAAAGAGCAAGAGCGACCUUGAGGACGAGCAAUUCGAACGUGAAGCCUUGGACGUCCUGCAUUAA